CUGCACAGUGGGAGGCAGGGACCCCCGCCAGACGCUCGGGUCGUGCGCGCCGUUCUGACCUCUGCCCGCCCGGGAAACUAACAAAGGCGCUGCGCGAGCCCGGACCCCGAGAGGGCCGAGCGGCGGGCGGCGGCCGCGGGGCGGGCGAGCUCGGGCCGGGCCGGGCAAGCGCCGGGCGGGGGCUGCUCCGGAGUCGGGAGGCAGCGGCGCCGGAGGACGCGGAUCUCUCGCCGCGCGCGCCGCUCGGACGCCGCCGGCACCAUGGGCUGCUGCACCGGGCGCUGCUCGCUCAUCUGCCUCUGCGCACUGCAGCUGCUCUCAGCGUUAGAGAGGCAGAUCUUUGACUUCCUUGGCUUCCAGUGGGCGCCUAUUCUUGGAAACUUUCUACAUAUAAUAGUCGUCAUAUUGGGUUUGUUUGGAACCAUUCAGUACAGACCUCGAUAUAUCGUGGUGUACACAGUAUGGACUGCCCUCUGGGUCACCUGGAAUGUGUUCAUUAUCUGCUUUUAUUUGGAAGUAGGUGGGCUUUCUAAGGAUACAGACCUAAUGACAUUCAACAUCUCUGUACACCGGUCAUGGUGGCGGGAACACGGACCUGGCUGUGUCCGGAGAGUGCUGCCUCCAUCAGCCCAUGGCAUGAUGGACGAUUACACGUACGUCUCCGUCACAGGCUGCAUCGUCGACUUCCAGUACCUGGAGGUCAUCCACAGCGCCGUCCAAAUACUACUCUCCUUGGUUGGUUUUGUGUAUGCCUGUUAUGUGAUCAGUAUUUUCAUGGAAGAAGAGGACACUUUUGAUUUCAUAGGUGGACUUGAUGCACACUCCUACUACCAGGAUCAUGUUGAGUUAAAGCCUGUUAAUCUGUCGAAAUAAGUAAGGGCAUUGACUCUGCAAUGCGGCUGCUGAACUUGACUUAGGAAGCAAAGCACCACUGACAGUACCUGUCUGCAUCCACACGUCUCAACUUUCUCCCGAAGGAGGGACUGCGCCUGCCGGCUUUCCCACGAAUCACGGGGUUCCUCGGCCACAGCCUGUGUUUCAUUAGCAUUGUUCUCUAGAUGAGCUGUAGGUGCCUGGGUGGGUAUUUUUUAGUCAUUUUCUUCUUAUAUGAAUACUUGUAAAUUGUAAAAAAAAAAAAUCGUUUUUAAUUUUUUAGCAAUAUUUAAUGUGAGGCAUGCAAAAUGAAAAAAUUCUGUGAAAACCUGCUACAGUCAAUUCUAAGAGAAAUACUGGUGUGUAUAGUUGAGGUUUCAAGCGAGUUUUGCUGACCGCUGCAAUUAUCUUGGGCCUGAUGGAGUCUGCAGUAGUAGACGUUACAUGGAGUUACAAGACAUGAAGUCAGAUGCUGUGACAGCUGAUAAAUGGGUGCAAAUAGUGGCUCUGGCUCUCAGACUGAGUAUGGAUCAUUCUUUCAACGCCACAAGUCAGAACAUGGCAUCCUCCCUUGUUCUCGACUUACCAAAACCCAGAAUAAUAUUAUGGCAAUCUAAAUUUUCGGAAUCAUGCGUUAUAUCUUCUUCUUCCUGUGUUCUGAAAAACAUAUACCAUGGGCAAACGGAAGAGUGAAAUGAUCAGUAGAACACCUUUCCCCUUUGAAGGGAAUUUGGGUAUUUCUGAGGUUCCUAUUUUCUACUCUUUAUCUUAGUCCUGUCAUUGGUGUCAGACCUAAACAUAGAGCUUGAGGGUUGUGGGACAGAAAUCACACUCAUGAAUCUGCAAUCAGAGAUGCUGCUCUUAGGAUAUUCAAAAGGAGCAUUAACAUGGUGUAGAAUUCUCCAUAAUUACUCCUGAAAAAGACAUUUACAUUUGUUCCACAUCAACUUUUCUUUCUCCAAACCCCAUCCCAAUAACCAAGAAAAUAAUAUGGGAAACAUAAUUUUCUACGGAAAAAGGGACUGUUGAAAACACAUCACAGUUUUUUCCAUUCACAUCUUUCAAUGAUUAUUUCCCAUAUCAAAAUAAGUUUUGCUCACUUUGUGCAACAACCAAGGUGAGGCCUCCUGCAGGCCACAAAAUUGUGUACAUGCAUACUCUUUAAUCCAGAAGUUGUUAACUUGGCUCAUACAUCCCUAAGAAGUCAGCCUAUGAACCAUCUAAAAUUGUAUGUACAUUUUUGUGUGCAUGUAGAGGCAUUUUCUUCUUCUUGUUUGGAGUCCGUAUGUUUCAUGAGAGUCUGUUAAGAGUCAGAACUUAGGCAACAAGGCUGGCUGGUUCCUCCCAGUUCAUGACAACCACUGUGGCCUUUCUGGAAGCCUAUUUGCCCCUUCACUCAGCUGACACCCAUCGCUUUUUAUUCUACUGAAUAAAUUCAAAAUGAAGAGAAAUUAGCAGGGAACUUGGAGAUGGUCAAAUCCCAGUUGGCAUUGCACAGCUGAGGAAGCUGAAGCCCAGGGAAUUUGGCGGACAUGCCCAGAUCCCGCAUGUAUACAGCAGGGCGAGAGCUGUGGCCGAAGGAGGGAGAACUUGGAGGGCAAAAGGUGGGUUUGGGUCCCAGGUCCACCACUGUGACCUUGGACAGUGUUGGACAUCUGAGCUCUGGAGUUUUUCUCAUCUGAAAAGUGGAACUAUAAUCCCUACCUCCCAAGGGUGAAAUGAGGAUUAGAUGAAAAUGUAAAAAAUACUCUGUAAGCUGCGAAGCGCUCCACAAUUGAAGGGGCAGUCAUUAUUGUAAUGUUGAAACAAUAAGUUGGGUCUUAUCUGGAGCUCUUGCCACACACCCCAGCGCUGUGAAAAGUCCAUGGAAACACCAAACUCUUGAAGUUUUCUAAAAAGUGGCUUGAAAAAAUUGCCCAUGUUUAAGUGAUUAGAAAUAAUGCAGACUAAAAAUCACACUUCUUAAUUAAAAAAUAACUUUUAUAUUCAAAUUUCAAGACAAGUACAUUUUAUUGUUAUGGAGAAAGCUAACAGAACAUCAAAAAUGUAGAAAUCAGGGGCUGGCCCCGUGGCCGAGUGGUUAACUUCACGCGCUCUGCUCCAGGCAGCCCAGUGUUUCGUUGUUUU